UUUUGGAAGAAAAGAAGAAGAGCAGGAACGCCUGCGAGUGCAUUUUUCGAAUUCGCAUAGUUGUUUGUGUUCCUCGUAGCAAAGUGGUAGUGAGAAUACUUUAAGAUGGUUGGACUGAGCGAUCCUGAAUUAACUGAACAUGAAGCUGAGUUGUACGAUAGACAAAUUCGCCUGUGGGGGCUUGAAUCUCAGAAGAGGUUACGUGCUGCUCGAAUUUUGAUUGCCGGCGUUUCAGGAUUGGGAGCAGAAAUAGCAAAAAAUAUUAUUUUGGCGGGCGUCAAGUCAGUGGUUUUAUUGGAUGAUGCAGUUGUGUCGGAAGCCGAUCGAUGCUCGCAGUUUCUUGCCCCAACGACAGCUCUUGGUUCGAACCGUGCUGAGGCUUGCCUGCAGCGUGCCCGCGCACUCAAUCCAAUGGUUGAAAUCCGCGCUGAUACGAAGUCGGCUAAUGUUUCUGCGGAAAACUAUGUGGGUGACGAUUAUUUUAGCGAAUUUGAUGUUGUCGUUGUCACCGGUUUGCCGACACGUUCAUUGGUGGCAAUCAACGAGAUUUGCAGAGAGAAAAGGAUCAAAUUUUUCGCCGGUGAUGUUUGGGGAAUGUUUGGAUAUACAUUUGCGGAUCUCCAGGAACAUGAAUUUGUGGAAGAUGUCUUCAAACAUAAAGUCGUGUCGAAACCGAACGAAAAACUCAAAACGGAGCUUGUCACAACAACAGCUAAGCGAACAUUAAGCUUCCCACCUUUGAAAACGGUAUUAGACUUCGAUGUUAAGAGUCCUGCAUUCAUAAAAAAACUCAAACGCACUGGUCCAGCUUUCUUAAUACUAAGAAUAUUGCAAGCAUAUCGCGAUGAAUUCAACAGUGACCCUGACUAUAAAAAGCGUGCUGAAGCAAUGAAAGACCUUUUGAGAAUUCGCGAUCAAAUCGCUCCAAAUAUUGUUGGAGACAAUGCUUUCGGACAUGUUUUUGCUCAAAUAUCACCGGCGGCAGCUGUGGUUGGUGGAGAGUUGGCACAGGAAAUAAUCAAAACAGUUUCACAGAAGGAAGCACCACAUCAUAAUGUUUUCCUUUUUGAUCCAGAAACAUGUUGCGGAUUUGUUGAGUCGAUAGAGGGAAACUAACUUUGUACAUGUAUUUUGGUUUUUUUUAAGAAAUUUAAUAUUAGACUUCUAGUUGAAGUAAACUUGCAGACAUUUUACUGAAUAAAGGUUUAAGUAACGAAAUAUGGA